AUGUCCCGCCUGCUGCACGCGGAAGAGUGGGCUGAGGUGACGGAGUUGGGGGACCCCCAUCGUCACCCCCCAUCGCAUCACCUCCAGCCGCCACCACCGCCACCGGCCACCUUGCAGACGAGGGAGCCCCCGGUGUACCCCGCCGAGCUGUCUCUCCUGGACGGCACCGACCCACGCGCCUGGCUGGCUCCGACCUUGCAGGGCAUCUGCACGGCACGCGCCGCCCAGUAUCUGCUGCAUUCUCCCGAGCUGGGUGCCGCCGAGGCGGCGGCGGAAGAGGAGGAGGAGGACGGCCGGGGGGAUGCGGGGCGGAGGAUCGGCGGCGGCGGAGGGCUCCCGAAGAACCCGGGGUCGGCGUCGGCCAAAGUGAGAGAGCAGCUGUGCAAGCUGAAAGGCGGGAUGGUGGACGAGCUGAGCCGCCAGCGAGCCCCUUCCAGCAAACAGGUGAACGGGGUGCAGAAGCAGCGACGGCUGGCGGCCAACGCCCGCGAGCGGCGCCGGAUGCACGGGCUGAACCACGCCUUCGACCAGCUGCGCAACGUGAUCCCGUCCUUCAACAACGACAAGAAGCUGUCCAAGUACGAGACCCUGCAGAUGGCCCAGAUCUACAUCAACGCGCUGUCCGACCUGCCGCCCGCGCCCGCCGGCUGCCGGACUCGCUUCUCCGCCCCGGCCUCCAGCGCGGCGUACUCGGUGCCGCUGGGCUCCCUGCACUUCUCCACGUUCGAGGACAGCGCCCUGGCGGCGAUGAUGGCGCCGAAGAACUUGUCGCCGUCGCUGCCCGGGGGCCUCUUGCAGCCCGGGUCGGAGGAGAAUAGCAAAACGUCACCCCGAUCCCACAGAAGCGACGGAGAAUUUUCCCCCCGUUCCCAUUACAGUGACUCGGAUGAGGCCAGUUAG